UUUUACUAAUGGUUUUUCAGUGUAGUAAAAUAUACUUCUAAGAUCAUGAAGAGGAUCUUUGGUAAUACUUAAUUUCUCCAAAGAGAGGCACAAUCCAGAUGCCAUUGCGUCAUAAUAAAGAGACUGCAUAAAAAGGACAUUUAUUCUACUUUGAUAAGAUAUGAUUCUUCUAAGGGUGGUUAUCGUUGGUGCUAGUGGAGUUGGCAAAAGUUCAAUUGUGACAAAAUUUUGCAGUGAUACACUUGCAGUUGGCUCAUCAGUCUUAGGCUGUGAUUUCAGAACAGAUACUAUGGAUCACAAAGGUUCAAAAUACAAGUUACAAAUUUGGGACACUCCUGGAAACGAAGAGUCUUGGACUUCAAAUUGUUGUUCAGCAGACAUGAUUAUAAUAGUUUACGAUGUUGGUAAACAAAGUUCUUUUGAUAUGAUUGAUACAUUUAUUUCUCAAAUUAAAAAGUACGGUAAAGAAGAUGUACCCUAUGCGAUUGUUGCAAAUAAAGCUGACUUGGAAUGCUGGGAAGUUAAGAUAAAUCCCAAAGAUACAAGAGAAGCUCUUUUUUUUCUGGAAACGUCGUGUAAAACAGAUUUAAAUAUCAGGGAAUUAUUUCAAAGAGUUGUUGAAUGUUGUCAUGAUGCGAAGCAAGAACAGAUAGAACAGAUAAAGCUGAAUGAUAACAAUUAUAGCUCUCUGUGUGUAACUGUUGCAUGUGCAAGUUAUAAAAUGCCCAUAUCAACGUACAACAUAACGUUUGAUGGAUUUCUAAAGAACCCAUGUCUAACAAAGAUUCCAUAUGAUUUAUUAGUAGGUGUCUCUGAAGCAUUAGUAAAUUGUAGUAAAAGUGGUUUCUUAUCGAUGAAAGGUAUUCUGAUGUAUCACAAGUAUUUUUUUGUAUUGCGAGAAGAUUUUUUAUAUUGGUUUAAAAACAAUAAAAAUGCUACAUGUAUCGACCAAUUGGAUUUAAAUAGUUGCAUAUCUGUUAUGCAAAAGAAGUGUCAAUACAUACAUAUUAGUUACUACAGCAAAUCAAGUGGAAAGAUUGAAAAUAUGCGUUUAUAUGCACACAACAAAAAAGAAUGUGAAGAAUGGUUAAAUUUGUUAAAAACUAAGCAGCAGAAAGAAGACACAGAGCAUGAAGAUAGCCACAAACCAAAGAAAGAUAUGAUGCCUUUGAAUAUUAUCGGGAGAUUUCAGUUUAGAAAUGAUGAAGAAAUUAAUGUGACUAUUUCAAAGCAAUCAAAUGAAGAAUGUGUGUUACAAUGCAUACCAAAGUGGUUGUUGGGCCUCGUUUUUGAUUUUUCUGCUUCAUUUCAAUUUCCACUAAAAAGUUUCAGGUAUUAUAAAGACACAGAGACAAGCAAAAAUUUUUUAUUGAUUAGUACUGACACUCACAUGAGACUUUGGUUUAGACCGAAAGAUGAAAGAUUAUUCAUUUCGAAACUGAUUUCUAUAUUUGGCGAAUAUGCAUUUGGUGGAAUGGUGACAACGUCUGUUUUGAAUGAAACAUUUAAAAUUAUCUACAAAAUUGCUUGCUUGCAGUUACAUGUUUCUCCUGUGAAACGUAUCCUCGACCUUAUCGAUGAAAGUAUCAAGAACAAGAAAUCAAUACAUGAACUAUGUUUGCGUAGAUGUCGAAUUAUUUCACAAGACAUCUAUGCUAUUACUCAUGCUUUGUCGUUCUACCCUGGCAUAACUUUAAUAGAUUUAAGAAGUACACGUAUGACCAGUAAAGGUCUUGUGUAUUUACUAAAAGCACUUUGCAAGUACAAGUGGUUACAGAGUUUAGAUUUUGGACAAAAUGAAGCUAUUGAUUCUCGUGAAACAAGAUCUGCUCUACAAGAGUAUUUAUCCAAUGCACACUUAAAAUGCAUAAAGUUUAUGAAUACAGAUGUUGGAAAUGUAACAUUUGAUGUAUUUUUUCAGUCCUUAAAGACUCACAAAACGCUUACUGAUGUUGAUAUUGCAUUUAAUGUUGUUGAUGAUGUAAAUUGUGAUGCUAUCUCUGAAGUUAUUAUCCACAACACAAAAUUGGAAAAACUGCUCAUGUGGCAUAGUCAUAUCACUGAUCAUGGUGCCAAUGUAUUGAUAAAUGCUGUAAACCAACGACCGAUGGAUUCACCACAUUUGUGUCUAGAACUCCAUGGUUCUCAAUAUAUACAUAAAGAAACAAUGAAACAUUUUGACGAAUGUGUUAGAUUGAAAUGUCAAUCCAAAGUAAGCAGAAAGGUUAAGGUAUUGGGACAAAGCUCGGAUUUUGUGGAAACACUUACUGGAAACAAAAUUAAGGAAAUUGUGGGUAAAACUUCUAAUGGUGAAGAAAUAGAAAAGGAAAUUGAAAAGCUCAAAUUAAAAGAAGAAAUUCAAUCAAAAGAAAAGGUUGAAAGGAAAGGACUUGCUCGCAUGAAAUCUAAUCUUAAGAACAACUAUGUGUCUCCACUUGAUGACUCAGAAAAAAUGGUUGCGUAUGUGCUGGACCAAAAGUUUAUCGGCGAAAGAGCUGAUGGGUUGUAUUUUUCAGAAAUUCUGCUGGACGAUCAUGGUAAGGCAAAAGAAUUAUGGGCUUCAUGUAAUAGGUGCGAUCAUCCUGUGCUGGACGUGGUAGCAUAUUAUUGUAAUAAUAACACACGCAAGAAUAUACUGGCUGAUGUAAACACAGCUUUAGAAGAAUGUGGAUUUCUUGGACUUGUGAUUGAAGAGGAAGAAAUUCAUCCGAUUCAAAAAGUGGAACACUGUACUGAUCUUGGUGACUUUGAUGCCAACAGACGACAGAUAUUUUCAAUGAUAUCAACUCAAAUUGGUUUCGAAGCAAGGUAUUUGUCUCAUUUCUUGUUGGACUUUGAUGACAUACUGGCCAUUUCAGUUGCUAAUGAGGGAAAUGUGACGGCGUACACUAGUGACGUGCUGGUAAAGUGGUACAUGAGGACGAGAAAAGAACUGCGAACUUGGAAAAACUUGCAACGUGUUCUGAAGUUCUUGGGUAAAGGUAAAUUGAUUGAAGAGAUUGAAUUAGAAUUUAAGGUCUGAACCUAACUAUUUUAAGUGUUUUCUUCUAUGAUUUCUUUUCUUUUAAAAAACACUUAAUAAUAUUUUAGAAUUAGGAUUCUUUAAAUACAAUUUUUAAUUUUUAAUCAUCGUAUUUAAGUUCUUCAACUUGACUCCAGAAUCUUUUUGAUUUUUUUUAUUUUUUUUUAUUUAACUUUAUUUAACUAUAUUUUUUAUUUAACUAUAUUUUAAUUUGUUGAUCAAGGGAGAAAGGUGUGGUUCAAAAAUGAGUGGUCAAAAUGGUCUACAAUUUAUUAACUGUUUUAUGCUAAAGCAGUAUUUAUUUUGCUCAAUUAUUUUUUAUAAAACAUUUAAGUCCACAUUCUAAAGUUCAUGGGUAAAGGUAAACUUAUUGAGGAUAUUGAAUUAGAUUUUAAGGACUGAACCUAACUAUUUUAAGUGUUUUCUUCUAUGAUUUCUUUCCUUUAAAAAAACACCUAAACAAUAAAAUUUCAGAAUUAGGAUUCUAUAAAUAGAAUAUUUGAUUUUUAAUUAUCACAUCUCAGACAUCUAACAAACUUGACUUUAGAUUCUUUUUAAUUAACUUUAUUUUUUAUGUGGGUAAAACUAUAUAUGUGUGGCCUAAAAUGGUCCACACUUAAAGAACUCUUUUAUGCUAAGUCAGUAUUUAUUUUGAUUAAUUAUUUUUUUAAAAGAUUUAUGUCCACAUUCUUUGUAUUUAUUUCUUAGGUGUGUAUUUAAAAUUUUGUACAUAUAUCAUUUUAGUUGCACAUAUUUUAUAAGCUUGUAAAUAUGCUCACUUCUAAUUGUGUAUUAUAGAUAUUUUUUUAAGGAAUUUAUAGAAUUAUAAAUAACACCAUGUUAUAAAUAUUCCAGCAGUGAAUAGUUUUAAAUUUUAAUCGUUGUAAAAAUUGUAUGUUUUAGUCCAAGAACAAAUAUUGUUUUUUGCAGCACAAACAAAAUAAACAGUGCUAAAACAAUAUAACAUUUUUUAAAUUUUACAAUUUUUCAAUAGAAUACACUUAACAAUUUUUUUACAAAACACUUAUUUGUUAUCUAGCAUAGUAAAUGGUACACUUCCUAUUUAUUUAUACUUGUCCAGAACUGUACUCACAUAUUGUAAAUACUUGCACAUAAUAUCUAUCUAUCUAUAUAUUAUAAAUGUUUGUAUCACUUUUUCACCCUUAUGAGGUUGGUCUUAUUUAAAAAAAAAUGUGACAAAAUUUAGCAGUGAUACACUUGCAAUUGGCUCAUUAGUCUUAAGCUGUGAUUUCAGAACAGAGACUAUGGAUCACGAAGGUUCAAAAUACAAGUUACAAAUUUGGGACACUCCUGGAAACGAAGAGUCUUGGACUUCAAAUUGUUGUUCAGCAGACAUGAUUAUAAUAGUUUACGAUGUUGGUAAACAAAGUUCUUUUGAUAUGAUUGAUACAUUUAUUUCUCAAAUUAAAAAGUACCAUAAAGAAGAUGUACCAUAUGCAAUUGUUGCAAAUAUAGCUGGAAUGCUGGGAAGUUAAGAAAAACCCAAAAGAUACAAGAGAAGCUCUUUUUUUUCUGGAAACGUCGUGUAAAACAGAUUUAAAUAUCAGGGAAUUAUUUCAAAGAGUUGUUGAAUGUUGUCAUGAUGCGAAGCAAGAACAGAUAAAACUGAAUGAUAACAAUUAUAGCUCUCUGUGUGUAACUGUUGCAUGUGCAAGUUAUAAAAUUCCCAUAUCAACGUACAACAUAACGUUUGAUGGAUUUCUGAAGAACCCAUGUCUAACAAAGAUUCCAUAUGAUUUAUUAGUAUCUGUCUCUGAAGCAUUAGUAAAUUGUAGUAAAAGUGGUUUCC